UAAACACAACAACAUAAACAACAAAACUCUUUCGUCUCACCACACUUGUCUAAAUCCUCAAAAAACCACGUGGUUCUCACAUGGCUCCGGAGCUUACACAAACCACCACCGCCAAAUCCCCCGUGACGAUAACAAAACCGUCACCGCCAGUCCACGGUGAUCGAGCCUACGUGACGUUUCUCGCGGGAAACGGUGAUUACGUGAAAGGAGUCGUUGGUUUAGCCAAAGGACUAAGAAAAGUCAAAUCAGCGUAUCCACUCGUUGUGGCGGUAUUACCAGACGUCCCAGAGGAGCACCGUCGUAUACUUGUGGAGCAAGGUUGCGUUGUCCGCGAGAUCGAACCCGUUUACCCUCCCGAGAAUCAAACUCAGUUUGCCAUGGCUUAUUACGUCAUCAACUACUCCAAACUACGUAUCUGGAAGUUUGUGGAGUACAGUAAAAUGAUAUACUUAGAUGGGGACAUUCAAGUUUACGAGAACAUUGAUCACUUGUUCGAUCUCCCUGAUGGGUACUUUUACGCGGUGAUGGACUGUUUUUGCGAGAAGACAUGGAGCCACACGCCGCAGUACAAAAUCGGGUACUGCCAACAAUGCCCUGAGAAAGUUCAGUGGCCAAAGGCUGAGCUUGGAGAGCCACCGGCUCUUUACUUCAACGCUGGAAUGUUCGUGUUCGAACCUGGCCUAGAUACUUACGAGGAUCUGUUAAGAACCCUUAAAAUCACUCCCCCGACUCCUUUCGCUGAACAGGACUUUCUGAACAUGUAUUUCAAGAAAAUCUACAAGCCGAUUCCUUUGGUUUACAAUCUUGUCCUGGCGAUGCUAUGGCGUCACCCAGAAAAUGUGGAGCUCGAUAAGGUCAAGGUGGUUCACUACUGUGCAGCGGGUUCGAAGCCAUGGAGAUACACGGGGAAGGAAGCUAAUAUGGAGAGAGAAGACAUCAAAAUGUUAGUGAACAAGUGGUGGGACAUCUACAAAGACGACUCUUUGGAUUACAGGAAAUCUGAAGCAGACCUCGAGAAAGAGACCGAUCUAGUGAAUAUGAAGCCGUUCAUCAACGCCCUUACUGAAGCUGGGCGGGUCAAGUACGUGACUGCACCGUCCGCGGCUUGAAUGUCAAGAAUUGUCGGUUUCUUUGGAGAAGCAGGUGGAUAAUGAGUUGUGUUGUACCGACAACCACACAUGCUGUCUCUGGUUUUAUGUGCUUUUGAGGUUGACGUGUGUUUAUUUGUGUUCCCUUGAUUUUCGGGUGUGUUUUUCAUGAAUUUUUGUGUAAUGUAAGUUGUAUAUUUAGUUCAAAUUGUAAU